AUGGAAGAUGUCGAAGAAAGCGCUCCUGAUGUCGAGAUGGACGAGAUAGAAUCGGCUCCAUUCGAAACAGGUAUCAUCAUACCUCAAGCACUCGAUCCAGAAACUCAAGAACCAAGAGGCGAUAAGAUAACGGGAUAUCAAGCUCCGAGACAAGCUUUUCAGGAGGACAGGUUGGUAUUUCAGCCGGAGAUAAAUCGGACAAGACGCUCACGAGACAGAAUGCUGCUGCUUGAGAAUGGGAAUAGCAGUGAAGACACGUCAGAAGGUAGCGAUGGACCACCUUCUCCAAAGCGUGCAAGAAUUGAUGACGAAGGUCUCAUUGCAGAGGCUGUGUUAGCCUAUGCUGCAAGCGUUGGCAAGGCGGACGACGCUCCAUCAACAUACAGCCAAGCGUUUAAAGGCGAAGACAACAGCAAGUGGAUUCAAGCGAUGCAAGCGGAGCUCAAGGCGCACGCCGAUAACGGGUCCUGGACACUGGUACCAAAACGGCAAGACAUUCGACCAAUCGGGUGCAGAUGGAUAUUCGCUAAGAAGCGAAACGAACACGGACAAGUGGUGCGCUACAAAGCUCGACUCGUCGCUAAGGGGUUCAAGCAGAAAUUCGGUGUCGACUUCUUCGAGACGUACUCUCCCGUGGCAAACAUGAACUCGAUCAGGGUUGUGCUAGCUGUGGUGGUGACAAAGGGAUACGUCACUGAGCAGCUGGACGUAGACACGGCGUUCUUGAACAGUGAUCUCAAGGAAGAGGUGUACAUGGAAGUGCCAAAUGGCAUAGCCAAUGCGGAGAAGAUGAUGUGCAAGUUGGACAAGGCAAUCUACGGUCUCAAGCAGGCUGCAAGUGCGUGGAACAAGACAAUCCAUGCUGUAUUCUUACAGAUCGGAUUUCGUAGCAGCGGAGCAGAUCAGUGUAUCUACGUCAAGCAUCAAGAUGACAACUAUGUCUAUGUUUGUCUCUACGUCGACGACAUGAUCAUCGCCGCCAAGACCAGCAGGGAGAUUCAAGAGGUCAAGACAGCACUCAAGAGCUCAUUUCGUAUGAAGGAGCUAGGCAAGGCUAAAUUUAUUCUUGGCGUGGAUAUUGAUCAUGACCACAACUGCAGUAAGCUGAUGAUUCGACAGACUCGAUACAUCGAUGAUGUGGCCAGCCGUUUUAAUCAAGAGGACGCAAAGGCAGUGGUCAACCCAUGCGAGUCCGGCCUGAAGCUGUCAAAGAAGCAAUCCCCAACGACGGAUGUCGAUAGAGCAGAAAUGCAGUCAAAGCCGUACAGGUCGCUGAUCGGAUGUUUGCUAUACAUCACGACAUGUACGCGCCCAGAUGUGAUGUAUGUCAUCACGCAGUUAUCAAGGCUUUUGGAAAAUCCAGGUCAGCAACAUUGGAAGGCAGCCAUUCGUGUUCUUCGGUAUCUCAAGACGACAAGAGGCUACGGGAUAAUCUACGACGGCAGCGCUAGCGAAGUAACAGCUACAGCGUAUACGGACGCGGACUGGGGUAGCAACAUCGAUGAUCGACGCUCCGUGUCAGGGAUAAUGGUGAUCAUCGGUGGCGCACCAGCCAUAUACAAGUCCAAGUAUCAACGCACGGUGGCUCUAAGCUCUGCUGAGGCAGAGUACAUGGCUUUAAGCCUGUGUACACAGGAAGUGUUAUGGGUUCGUGCGCUGCUUAAGGAUCUAGGUCACGAGCAAGUGGGAGCAACGUGGGUCUGGGAAGACAAUCAAGGAGCAAUUGGGCUUGCCAGCAAUGCCGGCUACAAUGCCAGAACCAAGCACGUUGACAUUCGUCACCACUUCAUCCGGGAGAAUGUGGCCCACGAUAUCAUCGUGGUCAAGUACAUCUCCACCAUGGACCAAUUGGCCGACAUGCUAACGAAUGCUCUGGGGACCAAGCGACUGAACUAUUUGAUACAAGCAAGCUGCAUUGGACCCAAGGACAUUUAG